AUGCCUCCAAACACCCCCACAAUCCUCCUCCUAGGAACAUGCGAUACCAAACUCUCCGAACUCCUCUACACAAAAUCCCAAAUCGAAUCCACCAACGCCACAGUCCUCCUAAUGGACACAGGCCGGAACCCAACCACCCACGAAGAAAUCGCCAUUCCCCAAAGCGCCCUACUCACCUCAAUCCCAACCCCAGAUCUAACAACCCUCACCCGAACCGAGUACAUAACCACACUCACACCCUACGCAACCAAAAAAGUAACCCACCUCCACGAACACCACCAAAUCCACGGCAUCCUCGCCAUCGGCGGCUCAUGCGGGACAACACUCGCCGCAACAGUCAUGCGCGACGCGCUCCCAGUGGGGUUCCCCAAACUACUCGUCUCGACAAUGGCAUCGGGAGACGUGGGACCGUUCAUCGGCGAAACGGACAUUAGUAUGAUGUACAGCGUUGUUGAUAUCGCGGGGCGGAACUGUAUUGUCGAGGGUGUUCUGGACAAUGCUGCUGGCGGGAUUGUCGGGAUGGCUGGAGCGUUUUUGAAACGGGAGCGGGGUAGCCCGGCCGAGAUGGAGGUGUCAUCCCGUGUGAGGAUUGGUAUUUCCAUGUUUGGGGUUACGACUCCUGGUGUUACGCGCGCGCGGGAACGGCUUGAGGAGGUCUUGGGUGGUUGUGAGGUUUAUGUUUUUCAUGCUACGGGGUCUGGGGGGAGGGCUUUGGAGAGGCUUGUGAGGGAGGGGCGGAUUGAUGCGGUGCUGGAUUUGACGACUACGGAGGUUGCGGAUGAGGUUGUUGGUGGGGUUCUUAGUGCUGGGUCGGGACGGUUGACGGCGGCUACGGUGCGGGAUAUUCCGAGGGUGGUUAGUGUUGGGGCGUGUGAUAUGGUUAAUUUUGGGGAGAUGGGGACUGUUUCUGCUACGUUCCGCGAGGGGAAGAGGUUGUUUUAUGAACAUAAUGCGACCGUUACGCUUAUGAGGACUACUAAGAAGGAGUGUGUGGAGAUUGGGAUGUUUAUAGCAGGGAACUUGUUGGAUUCGAGGGAUAGGGGGCAAUUGAGACAGACGAAGGUGAUCUUGCCUGUUGGUGGGGUGAGCAUGUUGGAUGUUGCUGGCCAGCCAUUCCACGAUCCCGAGGCAGAUGAGGCAUUGUUUUCCACUCUGGAGAGGGAAUUGGAGAGCAGUGGGAUAUCUGUCGUGCGAGAUUCGCGUGACAUCAAUGAUCCCGACUUUGCAGUGGCGGUAGCCGAUGAACUGGUCAAAUUAAUCCGCAGAGAAUAG